CCAGCAUUAAGACAUUUUAAGCAGCAGUUCUGAUUUGUAGAGCUUUCAUCGUGAAGUGUUAACAAAUGUCUCUUAUUCCAAGUCUUUGGGGCAGGAGAUCUUCCGCUGUGUACGAUCCAUUUUCACUGGAUGUGUGCGAUCCUUUUCAGGUUUUUGAUUCUUCAAUAUUUAAGGAUAUAGCAAGGCCCUCGACGGAUUUUGCAAGUGUUGCAGCCGCUGUAGCAAAUACACAGAUCGAUUGGAAGGAAACCCCCGAUGCACACAUUUUCAAGGCUGAUCUUCCUGGACUGAAGAAAGAAGAGGUAAAAAUUGAAGUUGAAGACGGCCGAAUUCUUCAGAUAAGUGGAGAACGCAGCAAAGAAGAGGAGAAGAAGAAUGAGAAAUAUCACCGUAUUGAACGCUCGCGAGGUAGAUUCCUGAGGCGCUUCAGGCUACCUGAGAAUGCGAAGGUGGAUGAGGUUAAAGCUGGCAUGGAAAAUGGAGUUCUCACUGUCACAGUUCCGAAGCAGCCUCAACCUCAGCCUGAAGUCAAAUCUAUUGAAAUCUCUGGCUAAAAAGAGGAAGGGAUAUCAAAUUGUCAUUGAAUUCUAUUUCAGCUUCUAAGGAUUUUCGCUUUGAGUGAUAUUGUGUGAUUUUGUGUGAAGUAUUUUCGAGCUUUUCACUGACUGGUUGAUAUGUGUUGGGGUUAGUGUUUAGAGUUUUAAUAUCUUAAAAGCUUAAGGUAAUGUGAUUAUUGUAAUAAAUCGAAUGUAAUAAUUGCAAAUAUAAUAUUAAUAUAAAAAGUUAUUUGAAUCA